UUUUCAGCUAACCAUCACCAGAAGAAAAGGUCAAAGCAACCGAGAACACAAUUCACUCAAAAAAAGACAUUAAAAUCAGGAAAAGAGAAUAAAAAUUACUUUCUUUCGUCUUUUGCUUGUUCACCGUUUCUCUCAUUCAUGGAUACUGAUUUCUGGACCUCUCGCCUCGCAGCUGCCAAGCGGCAAUUCAAUUUGCAGCAUCACCAUCACACAUACUACCAUAACAACACCUCUCAAUUGGAUCGGCUGAGCUUAGAUGAUUUCGAGGUUGAAGAAGAGGCCCGACCCGAUUUCCCAUGCCCGUAUUGUUAUGAGGACUUCGAUAUUACCUCCCUUUGCUCCCAUCUGGAAGACGAGCAUUCUUGCGAGUCCAAAGUCACCAUUUGUCCCAUUUGUUCUGUUAAAGUUUCGAGGGACAUGUUAAGCCAUAUCACACUGCAGCACGGACAAUUGCUCAAGUUGCAGCGCCGUCGGAGGUUACGCAGGGUUGCGAUUCCCAGCAGUCAGGCACUUUCUUUAUUAGGAAGGGAUCUUCGGGAAGCCCAUCUACAGGUGCUUCUAGGAGGCAGCGGGUAUCGAUCAAACACCGCAACUUCAUCUAGUGCCCCUAGUGAUCCCUUCCUCUCGUCUCUUGUGCUCAACUUCCCCGGGUCUGAAGUCGAAGAAAUUUCAAAAUCUGUGGUAUCCAGUAUUGAGGACAGUCCUACAAAGAGUGCGGGAUCUGAACACAUAUGGAAGUUAAGUUUGGAUCCAUCGCUAAGUUAUGAAGAGCGAGAAAAAAGGAUAGAGCAAGCCACUGGAAGAGCUUUUUUUAUCCAGGAUAUGCUUGCCUCGACUUUGUUAGCUGACAAAUACCAGAAUUGAUUGAACAUUUGAACUAUACCACCAUGCUGUUAAAAA